CAUCUAUAUGGAGAUGGGAGCCACACACACGUAUCUGCCGUCUUCAUCCUCCAGCCCAGCCCCUCUCUGUAGACGCAGUCCCAGGCAGGCCUACGGGUGGGGGCAGAUGGGGAUCAGGCCUGGUCCCACUAGGAGAAGGGUUAUGGCCUUUAGGACGGUUCAGGCCAUUGAUGCUGAUGACGCUUUUAUCCAAAGCGACUUACAAGUACAUUUGUCAGAAGAAGGAGAAACAAUUUAUCGCAGUCAGAACAGUAAGGAGGUUCAUAGAACCAAGUGCCAGGCACCAAAACUCGCUAGAUGAACCCAUUCCCUGUAUACAACAAAGUAAGCUAGGAUAAGAUGCUACACAAUUAUUAUUUACUAUUAUUUACUAAUCCUACUAUUUACAACUAUUUAAGUGCCAGGACGUAUGUCAUACAAUAAGUAUGUACAUUAAGUGCCAGGCCGUACAACAUACAGUAAGUUGGUACAUUAAGUGCAGGAACGUACACCAUACACGAAAGCGCCUGAUAAAGCCUGAUAAAAGCGCUUUAUCAGGCUUCUGUCGCCCACAGUGUCGCCCGCAGUGCAGCAAACAACAAAACCUUUCAGUUACUUGCAUGUAAACAUCCUCGCAAUCGGUUAGGCACCAGCCGAUAUGCUCCAUAACCCAUUCUCUGCCGUUAACCCAUACAUUUUGCAUGACACAAACAGACCCUGACAGCCACACCAACUUCCUGGGUCCCCAGACAUUUUGAACCCCAGGCAACACGAGCACCUGGAAAUGCAAUCAUUGCCUGAUUGGGAUGCAGGAACACGACUGUUUGUAAGGGGGGACGGACGUUAUUUGCUAAGUUUAAUUAUUAUGGUAUUUUGCAUUUUGCAACAGUGAACUUCAUCAUCAACAUUCAAACUGUUAAGAUGUGUAAUAAAGUGUGUGGUCAAAUAUGAUUUCAUUAUAAAAUAUAAAUGUAUUAUGGUACUUGGGUCGGUGAACCCCCAUGAUAGUUGGUAUCUACCAUUUUAGUUAAUUGGUUGGCUUUAUUUAAGCCCGGUAUUGUCUGGUUUGAAGGGGGUUGGUGGAGGCAUAGAGAGACGUCUUGCUGUGAGGCUGGUACAUGUUCGGUGGUUCUCAUGUUAACGGAACUUUGCAAGGUUCCUGAAGCCCCAGUGCUCCUUGGCCCCUCCCCCCCAGCGAGGUCGUCCAGGUGAGGGCUGCACCUGCUUCAGCGGGAUGUGUUCCCUGCACCAGCGCCGCCUGGCCACCGGCAACCCCCACUACUCCUCGGUUCAGAUGACCUCGUCGCCCCUGGGCUCGCCCACGUCCCACCGGGGGAUGCACCCGUCGCUGCUCAGCCCGGGCUCCAUGGGCCCCCAGGGGCCCCUGCACUCCCCCAUCAGCAGCCUCAGCUCCCCCAUCAACGGCCUGGGCUCGCCGUUCUCCGUCAUCAGCUCCCCCAUGGGCCCGCACUCCAUGACGUCGCCCGGCAUGGGCUACGGCCCCAGCGUCAGCCCCCAGCUGAACUCGCCCCUCAGCAGCUCGGAGGACAUCAAGCCCCCGCUGGGUCUGAACGGCGUCAUGAAGGUCCCCGCCCAGCCCUGCGGGACGCCGCUGUCCCUCACCAAACACAUCUGUGCCAUCUGCGGUGACCGCUCCUCAGGUAAACACUACGGCGUGUACAGCUGCGAGGGCUGCAAGGGCUUCUUCAAGAGGACGGUACGCAAGGACCUGACCUACACCUGCCGGGACAACAAGGACUGCAUCAUCGACAAGCGCCAGAGGAACCGUUGCCAGUACUGCCGCUACCAGAAGUGUCUGGCCAUGGGCAUGAAGAGAGAAGCCGUUCAGGAGGAGCGGCAGCGGGCCAAGGAGAGGAGUGACGGAGAGGUGGAGUCCAGCAGCAGCUCCAACGAGGACAUGCCGGUGGAGAAGAUCCUGGAGGCGGAGCAGGCCGUGGAGCCCAAGACCCACACGUACACCGAGACCAACCUCGGGGCCCCGUCCAGCUCGCCCAACGACCCGGUCACCAACAUCUGCCAGGCGGCGGACAAGCAGCUGUUCACGCUGGUGGAGUGGGCCAAGAGGAUCCCCCACUUCUCAGAGCUCCCCCUGGACGACCAGGUUAUCCUGCUGCGAGCAGGCUGGAAUGAGCUGUUGAUCGCCUCCUUCUCCCACCGCUCCAUCUCGGUGAAGGACGGGAUCCUGCUGGCCACCGGGCUCCACGUGCACCGCAACAGCGCACACAGCGCCGGCGUGGGCGCCAUAUUCGACAGGGUGCUGACAGAGUUGGUGUCCAAGAUGAGGGACAUGCAGAUGGACAAGACAGAGCUGGGUUGCCUCAGAGCCAUCGUCCUCUUCAACCCAGAUUCGAAGGGUCUCUCCAACCCGGGGGAGGUGGAGGCCCUCAGGGAGAAGGUGUAUGCGUCUCUGGAGGCCUACUGCAAGCAUAAGUACCCUGAGCAGCCGGGCAGGUUCGCCAAGCUGUUGCUACGGUUACCGGCGCUGCGCUCCAUCGGCCUCAAGUGCCUGGAGCACCUCUUCUUCUUCAAGCUGAUCGGGGACACGCCCAUCGACACCUUCCUCAUGGAGAUGCUGGAAGCGCCGCAUCAGAUGACAUAGGGAUGGCGAGGGAAGGCGGGACUUCCUCUCUGGUCCUCCAAUCCCCUGCCUGGUCAUCAUCCUCAUCGUUGUCAUCGUCUUAUUGGACGCCACCACACCAGCGCCGCCCUCCCGGCCCCCCUGGACCUAUCAGGCAUGGGAGCAGCGGGGUAGGGGGAGGGGUCCUGUGACUUCCCCCCCGGUCCGGUGAGGGACAUCGCGCUCAUGCACGUUGCGCCGGACCCCUGGGCGUGGACAGCCUCGAUGCCCGUCAGCCGGUCGCCACGGUUACCGUGGAUGUGCGUUGAAAUGCGCUGCGACGAAGUGGGGGGAGCGAAACAGAAGAUGAAUUCAUAGUGUCUUUUUUUUGGGUUUGCGGCUCUGUUUUAUACCUUGUAAAAAUAUAUAAAUAAGAAAUAUAUAUAGACAUAUAUAUAUUAAAGUGAGAGACGCCGACGCGCAUGAGACGCUAAAAGACUGAGAUGGACCCGAAUGAACUGGACGGAAUGUUUCUCUUUCUUUUCUCCCGACUAAAGUAAGAUAUACCAGCGGUGUACGGCGAUCAGGAAUAAAGACUAACCCUUAGCUUUGCUGGUGUGCAGACUUGUUCCUAGCAGUGAUGACGUCACCCCUGGACGCUCUCUAGAGUUGUGGACGAGACAAUCGUGUUCUGGAGACCGCCGGUCGGUCGGCGACACGUGCCGACCGACUCGAACCCGGACCCUACGAAACCCCGGGUAUACCGUCUGUCAGGACCUCAGCAUCUCUCUCUCUCUCUCUCUCUCCCGCCCUCUCGCUCUCUCGCUCUUUCUCUCUCUCUCUCUCUCGCUUUCUCGCUCUCGCCCUCUCUCUCUCUCUCUCCCUCUCUCUCUCGCUUUCCCCCCUCGCUUUCCCUCUCCCUCUCUCUCUCCCUCUCCAUCUCCCUUGCUUGCUCACGCUCUCUUGCUCUCUCGCUCUCUCGCUCUAUCUCUCUUUCUCUCUCCCCAUCUCUCCUUCUCUCUUUCUGUCUCACUCUCUCCCCAUCUCUCUCUUUCUCUCCCAAUAUCUGUCUCUCCCAAAUUCUCUCCCUCUCUCACUCUCUCUCACCCCCAAUCUCUCUAGGGCUGAAUGAUUUAGGGAAAUAAUCGAAUUGCGAUUAUUUCGACCAAUAUUGCGAUUGCGAUUUAAUAUGCGAUUUUUUUAAUUUAUUAAGUUCCUUAUGUUCUGUAUUAUUCACUAAAAAACCAUAAAUCCUUCUUGAGUAUGACCAUCACAACAUUGGAAGCAGUCAACUUGUAAACUGCUCUUUCCUUUAGGACAGGCUGAUGUGUUGAGAUGAAUUUAUAUUAUGACAUCUUUAUUUAACUUUUGAAUUGUAAAAGAAAAAUAAAUCUAAAUCUAACUGAUCUCCAGUCAGUAACGGUAAACCCCCCCCCAAAAAAAGAAAAAAACCACACCAAAAAUAAUACUUUUUUUUGUUAUUUUUAUAUCGCAGCAUGGGCGAUUUGCAUAUCGCGUACUAUUACAUCGCAAUUUUGAUUUGAAUUUGAUUAAUCGUUCAGCCCUACUAUAUCUCUCCCAAUCUCUGUCUCUCCCCAUCUCUCUCUCUCUCUCUCUCUCUCUCUCUCUCUCUCUCUCUCUCUCUCUCUCUCUCUCACACAAGCUCUCUCUCUCUCUCUCUCACCCCCAUCUCUCUCCUCUCCUCGUAUAGGGUCAAGUCCUUGGUUAGCUGGAUGUGAGGCUUUGAAAGCUUUGAAGUUUGAUUUGGAGGUCGACCAAAAAUAUUAAACUCAGGUCUCUGCCCAAAUUCAAAACCCGUUGAACCAUAUGUCAUUAACACCGCAUGGGCCCCCACAGUACGGGGCCACCGCCUUCUCUGUAGGGGAAAGGAGCGUUUGCAUCGACCAAUCGGAAUACUGGAACCCAAUCCCCCUGACCAAUCGGUAAAGAACAGGAAGUGCAACCGACUGCUAUGGCUUCUGGUGCAGCAGAGCAGCUGCCUAUCCAACAUGAUGAAAUCAACAUGUCAGUUUGUGUUGACUCUAAACUCGCAACGCCCUCUUUAUCUAAACGUUCCUAAUUACAAACAAUUAAUUCUCAAUGUUCCCGAAAGUGUCAAGGAAUCAAAAGGAAGUUCCCCCCCACCCACUGUGAGAAACCAUUUCAGCCAGUUUCUCCCCCCAGUUUCUCCCAUUGGCUGUGACCACUGCCUUUCUCCCUUAGCACUGUGUGAAAUUACAGUUAGAGGCGGUACCUCAGAAGUCAUGUGAUCAGAUCUGGGUUGGCGAAGGCGUCAUCCAAUAGGAGCGCUUGAGCCGCAGCAUGUGGACAAUCAAUCCCCGGUUUCUUGAUAGUUCAGCCCCAUGAUUCAGAGGAUGUCCCUGAACGCCACCAGGGAACCCAUGCGAUCCACCACCUCAUCCACCAUCCAUCACACAGCCUCAUCCAGUGUCCCACGGAGGUCGUCCCCCUCAUCUUCACGUCCCUUCUCAGGUGACUGCGAGGUGAAGUGGAGAAGAAGCAAAUAAAAAAUGUCUGAAACUCUGCAGGAUCCAUUCUGAGCGGGAGGUCGCGACCUCUGAUACGGCACCGCGGGGAAUAGACGUGUGAUCGGCGCUUUAAGUGCUCUACCGGCGAUGGAUGUGUCACAGCUGUGUUGGCACACCUUCUCACUUCUGUCCCCUACCACCUCCUCCUCCUCCUCUUCCUCCUCCCUCCCCUGACCUUCUCGGACGUCCCUCGUCAUGUGAACUCCUGCCCACCUUAACCACGCCCCGACCUGCCACCUCUCACCCCCACCACCCAGCUCAUCCAAGGCCUCUUCUACGGACGGUCUUAGCUUUAGACAUCGCCCUGAUACCUACCUGGGUGCAGAGUUACAAUCGUAUACCGUAGUGUGUUUUUUUUUGGGUUGUCUUCGUUUUUCUUGUUCUGAUCUGAAUGGCACACAUCACAAUUACCUCGGUUUUCCGUCCAUCUGAAUGAUCCGCGAAGCGCGUUGACCGUCCGCAUCGACCGUCUGCCUGUGGGCUCCGGGUCGUCCAAAGGGCCCAGAGUUGGUGCCUGGCCCCCUAUGCCCCAGUCUGUAGUCUCGGUUUCCAGUGUAGUUCCCGUUGUUCCUGUGUUAUCCCAAGCCCACUGCGCUCUCAAGUCCCAGUGCUAUCCCAGGUCCUGCAGUGGUCUCGAGUCCCACGUUUGUCCCAGAUCCUAGCGUAGUUCCCAGGUCUCAAUGUCGUUCCAGGACCCUUUGGUCCCUGUUUAGUUCCCAGGCUCUAGUGUUGUCACUAGAGGCGUUCAAGGGCCCACAGGGCUACCAGGUACCAGGAGAGAAAAAGAGUUGUAUCAGGCUCUCCACAUUGAGGUUUCCACAUCCCUGUGUAGAUGCAAAUCUCUGUGUUAUCGUGAUUUAGAUGUACACUCUGAUUCAAUAGUGGCCCCUAGCGCAUGGAACGCCCCCCCCCAUAUCCCGUGUCGUCGCAGGUCCCUGAGGGCGUGUGUGGUCAAAGGGUUUUAAUGACUGAGUGGGACAAGUGUGUGAGUUUGCAGUCGCUCCAUUGUGCGUUUGUUGUGAUUCCUUAGUAGGACUCCUUGACACAGGGGUGGGCAGUGUAUUCGAUGUUAUUCAUCCUCUAAAUUUCCUUUCUGAACAGGUCAUGGUUCAAGCAUCUCUCGGUUCAAGGUGGAAUAUUAAAGCUCACCAUGUUUUCUGUGUGUAUGAGUCACAGCACACCAAAUACACACGCACACACACACACACACACACACACAUCAUCUUUUCUGCCCUCUGUCCUCCUUGAAAGCUGCAGUUGCUGCAACACUAUGCAUGGAGCUCAUUUCCAAAGAUUGCCUAUAGAGUGGUGGUGUUUCUAUUCCAACUGUUUCUAUCAAAAAUUGACCCUUUGAAAACCUGUUUAAGGACAACAAUGUAUGUUUCUCAGACCAGGGGGGUAGGGAUGUACAUGGACAGGAGGCCGCCGGCGUUCCUCGCGGUUUGUUUAGGUUGGUUUUUAAUAUGUUUUAUAUGGAUGCUCUGAGAAAUCGCUCAAUAUUUAAGAAGGCACAGGAAAAGGCUAUUAAGAAAGCAACAACUGUUCGACCUUGAUUUAGGUUUCCUCAAGAAGGAAUUGUGAAACCGGAGUGGCGUCAGAAGUUGGAGCAGUAUUUGUACAUCAACAUAACCCAACAUCUCCAAUUUAGAAAAAUGGAAAAAAAAAUCUCCAUGUUGGCUUUACGUCAGUGUCCUUUCAGCAAUCUGAACGAACACAUUACCAGAUUGAUUAAGCCGACAUUUCCCAAAAUGUCCAAAAUUCCCUUGUGUGAAACCGAGCCCAGGACCUUAAAAAACAAAAGCAAAGAUUCUGUAAAAAUGUAUAUAGUUGGGGAAGGAUUAUUAAUUAAUGUUAAUUAUUAAUUUGUCCUUACGACAUCAAGCGAGUUCAUCCCUUUUAAAAACAUUAGAAAAAAAGCAUUAAAAAAUGUAAUUAAAAAAAGAGAUACAAAAACCACUGAGCAGACCCACCAGGCGUAAAGAGAAACUUGGCCGUAGCAGAGAGAUCCCAGUCCACAACAGUGGCCUGUGUGUUCUGAACAGCAGCUGGUCCACCUGUGUGUCUGGCUUACGUUGUUCAUGGUUUCAUGGGCGUGAAUCCCCGUCUGUGGUGUGGGAAUGUCCUCAUUUCUUUAGAAACCCCCAAAGAAAAAAAAAAAUUAAUUUGGUGAUUGAAAACAAUUAAAAAACGAUCAGAUUUGGUCCUUCCCCAACUAUAUACAUUUUUACAGAAUCUUUGCUUUUGUUUUUUAAGGUCCUGGGCUCGGUUUCACACAAGGGAAUUUUGGACAUUUUGGGAAAUGUCGGCUUAAUCAAUCUGGUAAUGUGUUCGUUCAGAUUGCUGAUAGGACACUGACGUAAAGCCAACAUGGAGAGGGUGCAAGAGAGAUCCCAGACCAGAAUUAAAUCUGGAUCUGGUUUGAGGGGAAAAAACAGUUUGAACACAGAGAGAAUGCGAUGUGGUUGGCGGCUAUGUUACUGUGACUUCCCCCUAGUGGUAGAGAUGCAGCACUGCAAAAUUACUUGAAUUUUAUACAAGUAUUUAAAUUAGAAAAACAAGGCACUUUUUUGUCCAAUGCGUCAUGUUUAAUAUUCCUCUUGGUCGAAAAUCUCAGUGUUUGAAUGAUUUUUACAAGCAAUAACCUCAGUAUCUAUUGGCUUGUAUGAUCAAUGCAACAUACUUUAUUGCAGUGGAACGAGAUGAGUAUCCAGGUGACAGAAUUGAAUCCCAGCUCAGACUCAGUUUACAGUAUUUAUAUUCUACACUAGUGAUUUUUGCGUUCUUUCCACAGAAUUCGCGAAAAAACGAACGACAACUAAUUAAUCAACUUGUUCACAAACAUUUUCAACCUAAGCACUAUGACUGUGGGGAAAAAGUUUUGAAUUGUGUCUAUCAAUAUUCUCAGCAACAGCAAUUAUUUGACCCCUUGUUUUCAAAAUUUCCUCCAAAUUUGUAUGCAUGGCCGACAUUGGUCUCAGAGAUGAAGAACAAUCUAUUUGUUAGCCAACAGUGACAGCCUUUUUAAAAUACCCUCCUGCUCUCCUCAAUCUUGUGUCUACUCUUAGCUGUACCACAGUACUGUGAUCAGAAACCCCAGUGAUUGAAAGCCAUAAACGGACGUUUUAAUAAACCAAUAACGAAGGACUGCAGGAAAUGCAAACAGCAAAAGGGUUUGAGACUUAAUCGCAGAAGAAACGCGUUGAUAGAAUUAACUGUUAAUGCUUUAUUAUGAUGUAAAGCUAUAUUUUGUCUAUAUGUACAUUGUGUAUAUAUUUAUAAAUAUAUAUCUAGAAUUUUGUUCCUUGAGCAUUUCCAGUCAAUAUGGCAAGAGAAAGACGAGACUUUUAGACCAAACGAUUCUAAACCAGGUCAAGUGUCGAAGUUAUCCAGCGCGGAUAUACAGUGGUUUCAAAAAGCGUUGAGGAUUUUUUUUUUUUGCUUUUGACCUUGACUUUCUAAAAAAGUUUACCAGCAGAAUCGCAGCAGCUCUUAAAAUUCAAAAAGAACCAGCUCAAAGCAGUCUAUGGGACCUCAAAAAGUAGCAAAAACUAAAGAAAGAGAAAAAAAACUAAAAGAAAAUCUUUCAAAUGUAUGUUUGCUUGGCUAUUGUAUGUUGGAAAUGUAUUCAGGAAAAGCUGAGCUUGCAACACAAUCACUGCUUUCUUUGUUACAUAGACGUUAAGGUUCAAGAAAAUGUAAAAAAAAAAAAAAAAACUUUGAAAAAGAUCUAUUUUUGUACAAAGGUCAUUUUAUCCCUCGCUUAUGUACCGUUUCUUUCCUUCUGUGGGCUGUUGUAUACAUUGUUUGUGGAAAUGUUAAUUUGAAAGGCUAGAUUAUAAUUUUUUCCCACCCAAGAGAGGGUUGUCACCUUUACCGUUGCCCUCUACAACCUGCCUCACAGACAUUGGUUCCUCUUUUUCAUUAUUUUAUUUUUUAUUGUUUUGUCUACUUUUAAGGAGAUGAAAAAGUCAUGUUCUUUGUGGGUUGUUCUCUGAUGAUCCAUCUUUCAUGGACAGAAAAGUUAUUAAAAACUUUUAAAAAUGUAUAUCGAUGAAGCAUAUUUUUUUCCCAUCUUCUCACAAAUAUGCCUUUGUCUUUUAUCGUUUUAUUAUUAAGAAAAUAUAACAAUGCAGUUGUUAUCCGUGAUCAACAGUGACAAAGAGUUCAAAGAAAAAUGUCCAGUUUACUAAAUAUGUGUUUAUUACGUUGCUGGUCAUACUGUUAAUCAGGUAAAAAUACAACAACAAACUACAAUACGUAUAAUGUACAAAAUAGAAGACACAAAAUAUUCUCAUUUGGUCAUGAAGUUUAAACAGACCAGCCAAUUCUAACCACCAACUAAACACACAAAUCCCGCCGUCGGCCAUUCAAACCAGAAUACGGUGCAAUACGCGACAAUAUGUAAUGCUCUUAGUAAAUGGAUCGGUGGAAUAAAUAGAUAAAAAUACUUUAAAAGAGGAAAUGGUACAGUCAUCAUGAAAGGCUGAAGAACAGGUAUUUAAUUCACUUAGACAGCCAAUCAUAUGCAACAGUGGGGCCACGACAGCACUGUCUACAACAUCACAGUGGCAAAACAAAAUGGUGGGAACACGGUGGUCGUCUCCAGAAAAGUAGAAAACAUGUCCUUACGACAUCAAGCGAGUUCAUCCCUUUUAAAAACAUUAGAAAAAAAGCAUUAAAAAAUGUAAUUAAAAAAAGAGAUACAAAAACCACUGAGCAGACCCACCAGGCGUAAAGAGAAACUUGGCCGUAGCAGAGAGAUCACAGUCCACAACAGUGGCCUGUGUGUUCUGAACAGCAGCUGGUCCACCUGUGUGUCUGGCUUACGUUGUUCAUGGUUUCAUGGGCGUGAAUCCCCGUCUGUGGUGUGGGAAUGUCCUCAUUUCUUUAGAAACCCCCAAAGACUCCAUAUUUUCUCUUCUUUUUUAUUUAAGUGGUAAAAAAACAAAACAACUCAAAAUACAAAAUCAGGCCUGACUUAGCAGUCACUUCUCCACAGCUUGAUGGUCUUGUCGUUUUCCAACGCGGCCGAGGCGAUGAUGUUCUCUGUGGGGUGACAGGCUGUGGAGAUCACCACGUCUAUGGGAGAAAAGGGGGAUUAACAACUUGACAUCGAAGAGGAGAAGAAGGGAGAACACUGAAGAUGAACAAGUACCAGGAGGGAAGAAUUAGAAAUACAUUUCUGCAAAGAAAUAAAAACAAAACAAUAGUUCUGAUUCACGGUGGGAAAAUCUGAAAUAACACAUGUUAUAUAAAAUGUUACAAAUAUCUACUUGCUAAUAGAUAAAACAAAUAAAAAAAUAUUUUUUCCUUGUGUGUCGUGACGGAUAGGAGGAAUGAUAAGACUGCACUUAUCAACAUUAUCUAUAAUUGCUGCGGCCACUUAAAGCACUUUCACAAUUAAUGCUCAACAUGGCUGUGUUGGAGUGAGAAGUGCGUUUGCUUAGUUAACCUACACUAAGUACACACACACACACACACACACGCACACAACUAACACACUUGUAGACCGGCACCACCAUUGUUCUGGAAAAGAUGCGUGCGUCGAUGUUAUCAAAACCAGUUCAUGGGGGGCAGGGUACCGUUUUGCUGCCAUGCU